AUGUCUGAAAUUGAAAUUCCUGCAUGGGAUGAUCAUGUGAAAUAUGAUUCUAUUGAAAAUACUUCAAAUUCGAGAAGAGUGGACAUGAUGAAAAGAGAGAAUCUCGUCGAUCUUUGUGAAUGGGUUGUGUGCGAAAAGAUUCACGGAUUAAACUUUUCAUUCAUCACGGAUGGCACAACAGUGCAAUGCGCAAGAAGGAUGGCAAUCCUCGACGAAAAUGAGUCAUUUUUCGGCUAUCAGAUAAUCAAAGCAAAAUACCAUGAUAAUAUAAUUAAAUUAUGGGAAGUGAUGAAUUCAAAAAAUCUCAUACGUGGUGUAAAGAUUAUUGUAUACGGUGAACUAUUUGGAGGACUUUAUCGACAUCCAGAAGUUAAACCAGUGAAAGGAGUCUCGGUAAUUCAACAUGGAAUCGAAUAUUGCCCUAAUCAUGAGUUCAUGGCUUUUGAUGUUUUUGACGGUGCAAAUUUAGUGGGAUUUAAUACCAUGACUGAAGUCUUAGAAGACGCAGGUAUACCGUUCCUGAAGCCAUUGGCAAGAGGCUCUUUUGAACAAGUCUAUAACUAUGAUCCUAAUUUUGUCACUACUAUUCCUGGUCUCUUGGGUCUUCCACCUUUACCAAAAGAUAACGGAGCUGAAGGAGUCAUUAUUAGACCAGUUCUUCAUCUUUGUACCUCUAACGGGACUCGAGUCAUAUUCAAAAUAAAAACCGCAAAUUUCGUGGAAAAAACAAAAUCAGGGAAAAAAAAUUACCUAUUAGAACAAAGAGAGGUGCAAAAGAAGCCAAUAAAGUUGAUGAAUAUAAUUAAUGCUGAAUUGGUGUUAUAUAUAAAUAAAAAUCGAUUGAUUUCCGUUAUUUCCAAAGAAGGUCCUUUGAAAAAGGCAAAAAUUGCUGAAACUGCCUUGUUGCUAUACGAAGAUGCCCUCGAAGACUUUCAGAAAGAAGAUGAUUGGUCCGAGAAAUAUAAUGAACUAAAGCCUGAACAAAAAGAUAUUCUAAAGGCAAGAGGAAUAGCAGCUUCUACUAAAGUGAUCAAGGGAUAUUUGAACGAAUUGAAAGAAUUUGAUAAAUCCAACACAUUAGAAGACGAUGACGAACUAAGCUCCGAUUUUCAUCUUUUAAUUGAAUAA